CAAAAGACAGGACCGACGACGAGCCCGCGAGCUAGCUUGCCCAGUUUUUGCGUCCUGCGAGUUUCUUGAAACCUGAAGAGUGAUUUGAGCAGCAGGAGGAGUAGACCUGACUGAUAUUGCCUUCUCUUGGUCUCUCCACCGACAUUGUCAACGAAAACCUCUACCACAACCAGGUUCCUUUCUCUUCUUUUCUCGUCUCUGCCCUUCUUUUUUCCUUCCAUUUUUGUUUGAUUCUCGUGUAAGUUCAGCGGCUAUGCGGUGUUUACUUGACAAUUUUCCAAAUGAUGUGGCUGACGGGGACAGGAACGUCAUCCUCGCGUUACGCAUGAGCUCCAUAGGCAUCCUCCCCCCUGCAGGGUUACUCUCUGCUGAUGACCGACCACCACUACCUGAGCGACCGAUCCACGCCAUCGAGGAGGGCUUUGGGGCGGUCGAGAGGCAGUUCUGGCACGGACGGGACGUGGAAGGACUGGUUCGUGAGUGAUGUGGACACCAUCCAGGACGCGUUGUGGCACAAGGCCUGCCACCCGGUGAAUAUCUCGAAGAAGCAGGUCUUGGCGAUGGAUCCCGAUGUUGCCACCAUGGUUCGUGCCUCUGGCGCCGGGUCUGCAGCGGCGAGGCUCCCAGCCAUGGAGCUCGAGAUGAGGGCGCCGUGCAGCUACAGGACACUGCUCCAGACGGUCAGGCCGAUGUUUGAGCUCGUGGGAGGCAGUUUGACUUUGGAUUUACUGAACAGUGCCAUAGAGGCCGUGGGGCUGUUCCCACCCGGGGAUGCCCCAAGGAGGACAGGCGGCGGCGACCUCCCGCAGGGUGUCCUAGCCUGGAUGAACAAUCGGCACAAGGCGGUUCAGUUCUUGGGGAGCGUCCUCGAGCGCAACACCGACCAUUUCGCAUAUUGCUACGGCUUUUACGUUGCUAUGUCCGAUCAGGCAAUGACCUUUGGGGCUGAAUCUGGCAAGGACACGCUGAAGAACAGGUUCUCUCUGAACAGGCUCAAGGGGAAAAGCUUCGCCGCGUACUUGUCUGGGCUGGAGGCCUAUGGGGACUACGCGGCGAUACUCCGGCGGAAGCGCAUGGCAGGGGAAGUGGACGUUCCCCAGAUCAUCAACAGCUAA